AACAGGGAGAGGGAGAAAGAUGGCGCCCACUCACGUACUGAGAUGCUGUCAACGGUGUUUAGCCUGGAUCCCUGUGAUUUUUAUCGCCCUUGUCGUCUGCUGGUCCUACUACGCUUACGUGGUGGAGCUUUGUUUGUACACCAUUACCAUGAUGGGAGAGCGGAUUGUCUACCUGAUCUUCUUCCACGUCUCUUUCGUCAUGUUUGUGUGGUCUUAUUGGAAGACCAUCUUCACCAAGCCUGCCAACCCUUCCAAAGAGUUUUGCCUGCCAAAAGCCGAGAAGGAGCGCUACGAGAAGGAAGAGAGGCCAGAGUCCCAGCAGGAGAUCCUGUGGCGAGCCGCCUCCACCCUGCCUCUGUACACUCGCACGGGCGCCGGAGCGAUCCGCUAUUGCGACCGCUGUCAAGUCAUCAAGCCGGACCGGUGUCACCACUGCUCCGCAUGUGACAUGUGUGUGCUGAAGAUGGAUCACCACUGUCCUUGGGUGAACAACUGCGUCGGCUUCUCUAACUACAAGUUCUUCAUCCUCUUCCUGGCCUACUCGCUGGUGUACUGUCUGUUCAUUGCUGCCACGGUUCUACAGUAUUUCAUAAAGUUCUGGACCCUUUGUCGUAGGAAAUCGGCAGAGAACUGCCCAAAGAAUGAGCUGAAUAACUCUGCCAAAUUCCACGUCCUGUUUCUUUUUUUUGUGGCGGCCAUGUUCUGCAUCAGUAUUCUCUCCCUCUUCAGCUACCAUCUGUGGCUCGUAGGGAAGAACAGGUCCACAAUAGAGGCAUUCAGAGCGCCGGUCUUUAGAACAGGCUCAGAUAAGAACGGUUUUUCUCUGGGUUUCCGGAAGAACAUCGCUCAGGUCUUCGGCGACCAGAAGCAGUACUGGCUACUGCCGAUCUUCACCAGUCAGGGGGACGGUCUGACGUUUCCCACCCGAUUGGUCAACGCUGAUGCAGAGCAAGCCACUGUCACUCUGCAACCUGAUUCCAAUAAAUGCGUGCCGGAGGUCUCUGUGAGCCCCCUCAGUGAGUCACAGAACCGCCUUCUGAGCAACGAGCAGCAGGCCAACAACGCUGAAGACCACCUGGCCGAAAACUUCCUCAAAUCAGCCGAGAGUGAAACCGUCACCAUGGAGAGUGAGUCCUAACCAGGCGAAACACAUGUCAUCUAAUGCGCUGCCUUAAAAAAAACAAAACAAAAAAAAAAAAAAAA